UAAAAAGUCUGUUAAAAAAGAAAAAACAAUUUCCUCUGUCACAUCGUCAAAUCACAAAUUUUGUUUGACAUGCGUGGACGUCCAUGAUUUCGAUAGCAUAUUUUACCUAUUUUUUAUAAAGUACCUAUUUCAUUUUAGCAAAAAUUGUUCUGCUUGUCGUUUACAAAUAGCAAUCAUGACCACCGUAACACCGUCAGCAAGUAAAUACAAGAUUUCUCGUCGAGGUCGGAAGCUUCAGGUUUCUGAUGAUCAAAGGACCUUGGUUGCUUUGCCAAAGGAUGUUCCUGAGCGUACAUGGGCUGAGAUACUGCAGAAGGAGGAAAAUGACUUAGUAGUGUUUGACAUCAGAGAGGAGAUUUUGGAAAUGGCGCUUAAGAUUGGCUACCAGGACUACAUGGAGAAGCAGACCGCUGUUUUCACUGUGCACUGUGCCGCCGAGGCCUGGCUCAAGUUGAUUGAUUGGAAUUUCUACCGCCACGACCCCGGAGAAGAUCCGACCGCAAGUCCUGCCUGUUACAUUCCCAGAAGGACAGAGUCCUGGAUCCCCGACGAGCUGCCUGACCCGUCUCCGAAGGACACGUGGGGUCGGCAGGACCUGGCCGUGGUGGAGGAAAUGCAGGAAGAGAGCUUGCAGAAGUGGCCCAGCUCUUCGUCACUAGACAUGCCAGUUGUAGAAGAUAUUCCACAAGAAUACUGGUUCCCUGGCAAAGUAAACGUGCCAGACACACGAAAGAAAGAAGUAGAAAAAAUUGAUUACGACGAAUCGAGCACCGAGAGUCAACCGACGUCAGAGGAGAACCUGAACACGGAGAGUGAAGUGCUGCAGAAGGUGACGGACUACAGCACCACCGGGACGUCCGGGAAGAACUCGUCGUACAGCGCGCUGAAGACCACGUCGCCGGUGGACGGGUCGCUGCACGGCGCCGGCGACUCCACCGUCGUGCGCCCCAAGAGGCGCCUCACCGAGAAGAGCAAGAGCUUCAUCAAGGCCGGCGGCAGAUCGAAGGGCACGCUCCCGCCUCUGGAGAUGGGAGACUCCCGAUCACGGAUGAGUAUCAUAUCGGACUGUCGCUUGAGAAACCUGAGAUUGGAUACCCAAUACGAGAUAACUUCGGAAAAAGUGGACACGCCGCCAGGAGAGGUUGUCAAACGAAAAUAAUGUUGGUUCCGACAUGUUUUCUGCUGCGUCUCGAGGUAUUAUGUAGGUACUUAGUUAUAUAUCAGCUGAAGCUUGGUAAGCAAACAGCUAAAUUGCUUAGGUAAUGUAUACUUUUGGCAAUAAAUUGAGAAAGGUAGUGGUAGUG